CCCUCCCGCCCCUAUAAAUACCCCUCCUCGAUCAUCGUUGUUAUCAGCACUAAUAAAUCAAGAUCAGGACGCCUUAUUAGCUGAUUCUGGCUUGAGAUUCAGACUCCCAUAAGUUCUAGUUUCUCGGCCCCGAGCGAGUACUACAGUUCUCGAAGGGUCCAAGGUUAGAUCUAUAGACAAGUCGUCCUUUAAGUCGAGAUGGCAGCGGUGACUGCAGUGCAAACACUCCUCGCGAGCUCCGGUGCCCCGGCGAGGCUUACUAGCAGAGGGAAUGUGAGGCAGUUGUUCGGUGCUGGGAGUUCCAUUCUCGGCUCUAGCCGCUCUAGUGCUGGCUUGCCGUUGAGGUGCAUGGCCGAGGAUGGUAAGCAAGAAAAGUCAGUACCACCAGCCGCCUCAAAAUCAAAUCGUUCUCCCUCAUCCGAGACGAUUCCCCCUCCGACACCAAAGCCUAAGGUGAGCACGAAAUUCUCGGAUUUGUUUGCGUUCAGUGGUCCUGUACCUGAGAGGAUCAAUGGUCGGCUUGCAAUGAUCGGGUUUGUGGCAGCCAUAGCUGUGGAGCUGUCAAAGGGCCAAGAUCUGUUUGCGCAGAUAACCGAGGGUGGUGGGGUCACGUGGUUUGUUGGGACGAGUGUUUUGCUAUCAGUUGCCUCCCUGGUCCCAUUGUUCAAGGGUGUGCGAGCAGAGGCAAAGACCGAAGGGAUAAUGAAUGCCGAUGCUGAGUUGUGGAACGGGAGGCUAGCGAUGUUGGGGCUUGUGGCCUUGGCCUUCACCGAGUAUGUGAUAGGCGGCACUCUUGUAUAGAUUAUUCCAUUAAAUGAUAACUGGAAAAUCAUAGAUGUAGCCGUGGGAGCUUGAAUAGUUAAAUUCAAGUGUGAUUUUGCAUUAGAUUUGAAGAACUGUCAUAUCUCAUUCUAUGUUUUUUUCUCUUUUAUUUUUUUGGGUUAUGCGUCUGUCUGUUAUUGCACCAUAUGCAUUUCCCAUAUUAUGUUACCCAACUUUGUCGAAUAUAUAAUAUUUUUCCGUAUUACAAUGGUGUAAUUGUAUAAAUUCACCCGCGGCAGGAGAACAGAAUAAUGUAAUCAGCUAUUAAUCUAUUAACAGUA